AUGGCGUCUCCGCCGCCGCCGCCGCCUUCUCCCGCUCCGUCGCGGGGCUCGGAGGGCCCGUGCUGCGUGCUGUGCUGCGGGGAGCUGGAGGUGGUGGCGCUGGGCCGCUGCGAGCACCCCAUCUGCUACCGCUGCUCCGUGCGCAUGAGGGCGCUCUGCGGGGUCCGCUACUGCGCCGUCUGCCGGGAGGAGCUGGCCCAGGUGGUCUUUGGGAGGAAGCUGACGUCCUUUUCAACGAUACCCCUCAAUCAACUGCAGCAUGAAAAGAAAUAUGACAUCUAUUUUACUGAUGCAAAAGUUUAUGCUCUCUAUAGGAAACUCUUACAGCACGAAUGCCCGCUGUGCCCGGAUGCCAGGCCUUUUGCCACCGUCGUGGAGCUGGAGCAGCACAUGAGGAAGCAGCACGAGCUCUUCUGUUGCAGGCUGUGCGUGAAACACCUGAAGAUCUUCACGUACGAGCGCAAGUGGUAUUCGCGCAAGGACCUCGCCCGGCACCGGAUCCACGGGGACCCCGACGACACCUCCCACCGCGGGCACCCCCUCUGCAAGUUCUGCGACGAGCGCUACUUGGACAACGACGAGCUGCUGAAACACCUGAGGAGGGAUCACUACUUCUGCCACUUCUGCGACUCGGAGGGGGCCCAGGAGUAUUACAGCGAUUACGAGUAUCUCCGGGAACACUUUCGCGAGAAGCAUUUCCUCUGCGAAGAAGGCCGCUGCAGUACCGAGCAGUUCACUCACGCGUUCCGGACCGAAAUCGACUACAAAGCGCACAAAACCGCCUGCCACAGCAAGAACCGGGCGGAAGCCAGACAGAACCGGCAGAUCGACCUGCAGUUCAACUACGCCUCCAGGCAUCAGCGGAGGAAUGAGGGUGUCGUCAGCGGGGAAGACUACGAAGAGGUCGAAAGGUACAACCGGCAGGUGAGAGGAGGCCGGUCAGGACCACGGGGAGGGCAGCAGAACAGAAGAGGAAGCUGGAGGUAUAAGAGGGAGGAAGAAGACCGAGACAUCGCUGCGGCCGUCAGGGCAUCGGUGGCUGCCAAAAGGCAGGAGGAGAAAAAACGGGGCGAGGACAAGGAGGACGGGGCCCGGGCCAAAAAGGAAGAGGCGAGGGACGUGGAGGCGAGCGCCUCGAAGCGGGCGCUAAAUCUGCCCUCGGAAGCCCCAGUGCUCAAAGAAGCGGCCGCGAAGGCUGUGCUAAGCCAAGAGGAUUUCCCUGCUUUCGGCUCGCUCGCAACGGGCUCGACGCAGAGCCUUGCCCAGCCAGCCCCAGUGAAACUGAAGGAAGAGGACUUCCCCAGCCUCUCCUCCUCGGCCCCCAUCGCCACCCCCUCUGCAAUGCCCCUGACCUACACAGCUACUGCCAAGAAGACAUCCUUUCAAGAGGAGGACUUCCCCGCCCUGGUGUCCAAAGUCCAGCCAAACCACAAGACCUUGUCAACCCUCGCUUCCGCCUGGAGCAACGGCUCCAGCAAAAACGCCGUCAAAGCCACGGGUGCCGGACAGCCUGCCAAAAAGCCGGUGCUGCUCGGCGUCAGCAGAGGGAACAAGAAGGCCAAGGCCGCCCUCGACGAGGAUGACAGCGUUGGCGGCGGCACGAGUCAGGAGACCCGCAGCGCCCCGACGAUGGUGGACGUGUCUUCCUUGCUGGUGGCCCCGAGCUCUCAGACGUUUGUGAAAGUGGGCAAGAAGAAGAAAGUUGGGGCGGAGAAGCAGAGGGCAUCGCCCCCCUCAGUGCCGCUGCAGGAGGUGCCUCCCCCCGCCCCUUCUGGAGAGGGGGCACCGGAGGCCGAUCCCCUGCCGAGCGCUCCCACAAGUACCGCCGUCGUUGAGAAAUCUGCAGCAGUCGUGAAUGGCUACUCGGAAAAGCCCGCCUCUUGCGUAGCUUCUAAGGAGCCGCCUGGCCUCAGGAAGCCCCCCGCGGCUGCCCAGCCCCUCUUGCCUCAGGAAGACUUCCCAGCCCUUGGCAGCUCCGGACCACCUCGGAUGCCUCCUCCGCCAGGUUUCAACUCUAUGGUCCUUCUGAGCAGCCCCCCCCCACCACCAGGGCUGGCGGUGCCUCUCAGCAAACCACCUCCCGGCUUCACCCCGAUUCCGUCCGUCUCAGAACUCGCCCCUGCAAAAGAGGGCAAGCCAUGUCAGGGGCCCUACUUGAUCCUGGAGAACUUCCAGCAGCGGAACACCCAGCUCAUCCAGUCGAUCAAGGACUUCCUGCACAACGACGAGUCGCAGUUCAACAAGUUCAAGACUUACUCGGGACAGUUCAGGCAGGGCCUGAUUUCGGCCGCUCAGUAUUACCGCAGCUGCCAGGAGCUCCUGGGCGAGAACUUCCAGAAGAUCUUCCACGAACUCCUGGUGCUGCUGCCGGAUACGGGGAAGCAGCAGGAGCUGCUGGCCGCCUACACCGACUCGAAGGCCAAGGAGAAGCCGGCGGGUUGCCCGUCCUCCAGCAAACUCAAGAAGAACCGGAAGAACGCGUGGCAGGCGGACACCGGCCCAGACCUCGACUGCUGCGUCUGCCCCCAGUGCCGGCAGGUGCUGACCCCGCGGGAUCUGACGGCCCACAGAGCCCUCCACCGGGAGGACGAGGAGUUCCCCUCCCUCCAGGCCGUCAGCCGGGUCAUCAGCUAGCCGCCCCCGUGGCGAGCAAUAAACCCAGUCUCCGUUCCAGGGCUCCUCGCACGUCUUGGGAG